AUGUCUUCGAACAAUAGUGAAAUGGAAAUUAAUGAGACCUCCAAGGAAUUGAGUGAAUUUUCUUUGGAGCCAACUCCUUCAUUUGAUGUUCCAGACCCAAAUAGUUCUGGCAUGUUCCGCGAAACAGAUGUCAGACGAGAGGAUGGGCAGUUGGAUCCUUUGGAGCUAACGAAUACGGAGGAGGCCCGCGAGGCACAAGACGAGGUCGAAGAAAUGACCUCAGCGAACUUCUCCUAUCAUGAAAGCAGAAAACUGCACGAAAACGGGUCUAAACAGGUUGCAUUGAAUGAUAAUAGUUCUCCCUCAUCGUUUGUGGCACAACCUCCUUGGAGGAAAGUGCUCAGCGAAAACGAUCAUGAGGAGAGUUCUGAACCAAUUAUUCGAAACAGAACGCUAUCCUUUGGUGCCCAGAGGAGUUUGCCCGAUAUACCUGGUGGCUCGUCUACUUGGAAGAAGAGCAAGAAGUUCGUUGGUGGAGAGGACACUAAUUAUAAGAUGGGGAUGCUUGCUGAUGAAUCAGGGCAGCAAUUUCUGGAGGAACCAUCUCCAGAGCUCAUCGGCCUUUAUGCUAACGUAGCAGAGUGUAGAAAACUAAGAACCAAGUACCAAGAUAUAUCCUUGCAGAGGAAUGAUCAAAAUCCCAAGAAUAAGCCUGAUUGGGUUGUUUAUCCCGCUCCGCCAAAGCCAACUUACGACUCAGAAACCAAGACUGUUAUUAAGGUGGAUAAUAAACCUGACUGGCAGAUAUUCGAUUUUAGCGCAUGCGAAAUUCCUCCAGAGGACCAAGAUUGGGACUUCACCACAAAUGCUGAGGAUUGCUUCGUGGUUCAUAAAUCCAAAAAUGCUGACGAACUCAUUACUGCAGUACCUAGUCUUCGUGAAUAUUAUCUUGAUUUGGAAAAAUUAAUAUCUAUAUCGUCUGAUGGGCCCGCAAAGUCCUUCGCAUUUAGAAGGCUACAAUACUUGGAAGCACGUUGGAAUCUUUACACAUUGUUGAAUGAGUUCCAGGAAACAAGCGUUUCCAAAAGAAAUCCGCAUAGAGAUUUCUAUAAUGUCAGAAAAGUUGACACUCACGUUCAUCAUUCUGCUUGUAUGAAUCAAAAACAUUUGCUGCGUUUUAUAAAACAUAAAUUGAGGCAUUGCAAAGACGAAAAUGUCAUCUUCAGAGAUGGAAAAGUGUUAACAUUGGACGAAGUGUUCAAGUCCUUGAAUUUGUCAGGCUAUGAUUUAUCUAUAGAUACAUUGGAUAUGCAUGCUCAUAAGGAUACCUUUCACAGAUUUGACAAAUUUAAUCUGAAAUAUAAUCCAAUCGGCGAAUCUCGUUUACGAGAAAUCUUUUUAAAGACUGAUAACUAUAUUAAGGGAUCAUAUCUAGCUGAAAUCACGAAGCAAGUCUUGUCUGAUUUAGAGAAUUCCAAAUAUCAGAAUUGCGAAUAUAGAAUUUCGGUUUACGGAAGAUCCAUUGAUGAAUGGGAUAAGUUAGCCAGCUGGGUAAUCGAUAAUAAAGUUUUUUCGCAUAACGUUCGUUGGCUGAUUCAAAUUCCUCGACUCUACGAUGUAUACAAGAAGACAGGAAUUGUUAAAAAUUUCAAUGAAGUAACAAUAAAUAUAUUCAAACCACUUUUCGAGGUCACGAAGAAUCCUCGGUCACAUCCAAAAUUACACGUCUUUUUGCAAAGAGUCAUCGGAUUUGAUUCCGUUGAUGACGAAUCUAAAGUUGAUCGUCGUUUUCAUAGGAAGUAUCCUAUUCCAUCUCUAUGGGAAUCCUCUCAGAACCCUCCAUACUCAUAUUAUCUUUAUUACUUAUAUUCAAGUUUGGUAUCUUUGAAUCAAUGGAGAGCCAAGAGAGGGUUCAACACCCUUGUAUUAAGGCCCCAUUGUGGUGAAGCAGGUGAUCCUGAGCAUUUGGUUUCUGCAUAUCUACUGGCUCAAAGUAUUUCUCAUGGUAUUUUGUUGAGAAAAGUUCCAUUUGUUCAAUACUUAUAUUACCUGGAUCAAGUCGGUAUUGCAAUGUCGCCUCUAUCAAACAAUGCACUAUUCUUGACAUACGAUAAAAAUCCUUUUCCAAGAUACUUCAAGAGAGGUUUAAAUGUUUCACUGUCUACAGACGAUCCAUUACAAUUCUCGUACACUAGAGAGCCUUUAAUUGAGGAGUAUUCAGUGGCAGCUCAAAUCUAUAAACUAUCCAAUGUUGACAUGUGUGAGCUGGCAAGAAAUUCUGUCCUGCAAAGCGGAUGGGAGGCACAAAUAAAAGCGCAUUGGUUGGGAAACGAUUUCGAAAAAGAAGGCGUUGAAGGCAAUGAUGUAGGCAAGACAAACGUUCCAAAUAUAAGGGCUAAUUAUAGGUGGGACACUUUAUCAACAGAACUGGAGCUCGUUGAUCAUUUUGCUAAAUUCAAGGGUGUGGUCAUAGAGUAA